UAGACACUUAUGAGACACCAUGGACCAAGACUCAGAGCGUGCUCGGUUUGUGGACACACACUGGCUGGAACUUGUCCAGAGAGUACAGAUGGUGAUGCCGAUAGCAGAUGAGCUGAAGUCCCGUGGCAUGCUGGAAUGGGAGCCGUACUGUAAGAUCAGAGCAGCAGAUACUGACCAGGAGAAAAUGAGAGAGUUAUAUGAAGUGUUGCACUCUGGAGGAGACAAGGUUAAAUCUGCCUUUUAUUCUAGCCUGGAAAUCCAUGAGCCAUCUCUGUUUAGCGACUUAGGCUCCACAGGACAUCACACACGCUCUGAAAAAACACAUUCCUCAGAAAUCAGCCCAGUGAUUCACAAAUAUAUGAAGCGGAUCUGCAGCGAGUAUCAGUAUGUGACUGAGUAUAACUCACUGCCUGGUGAACAUGUGCUGCUGUCUGAGCGCUUCACACAACCUCUGAUCCUUCGGAAACAUAGAGAUCGAAAAGAGCGAGAAGAAGAGAUCCGCUCCAGUGGAGAGAGCUUCCAGCAGGUCCUCAGCUCCAGGAGCAGUGGAGACUCUGUCCAUCUCAACUCUCUGUUCGACCCAGAUGACCACGGGAUCAGUCCCAGUUCUGUGAUACUGCAGGGAAAUUCUGGAAACGGGAAAUCUUUCACUGUGCAGAAGAUCAUGAUGGACUGGGCAUCUGGUGUCCUCUACAAAGGGCGGUUUGAUAUUGUGUUCCACUUAAAGUGUAAAGAAAUAAAUCGCAUUCCUGGCGAGAAGAGUUUGGUGGAGAUCUUGAGCUGCAGUUGUAGUUUAACAUCACAUGAGAUCUCACAGAUUUUACAGCAGUCGCCAGAGAAGGUGCUUGUGGUCAUUGAUGGAUUUGAUGAGCUGAAACUCCCACAGGACAUUAAUGACACGUCAGCACACACUGAUCUGCUUCAGAAAGCCCCACCUGUGGACACUCUUUGUGCCCUGCUGAGGGGUCGAAUCCUGCCAGAGUCUUUCCUGCUGGUCUCCUCCAGAUCUACAGCUACGGACACACUCAGUAAAGAUCUGCUCAAAGGACCUCAGCGUUUCUCUGAGAUUGUGGGAUUUUCAGAGAAGGGGGUGGAGGAGUACUUCCAGAAGUUUUUUCAAAAUGAGGAACAUUACAGAGAUGCUUAUACAUAUGUGAAGGCAAAUGAAACCCUCAUCACUGCCUGCUCAAUCCCUGUCGUCUGCUGGAUCAUCUGCACAACUAUCCAGGAGCGAUUCAAAUAUGGUGCGAAUAAGACAAGCGGACUGGAAACCACUACCUCCAUCUACGUGGACUUUGUGUGCACUCUUCUGCAGCAUCACUGCCAGGGUUUGAGUCAGUCCGUCCCGACCCUGCUGAGGAGUCUGGGUGAGCUGGCAGAGAGAGGGAUGCAGGAACAGCAAGUCCUGCUGGAUGAGAAAAGUGUGAAUGAAACCAUUUCAGACCCGGCUGGAAAUCCAUUCUUGUGCAAGUUCCUGUUUAAGAGACGAAUCCGCCAGGGGACGAUGUUCAGUUUCAUGCAUCUCAGCUUUCAGGAGUUCUUCUGUGCUCUGUACUAUGUCCUUCUGGAUGAAGAAGAGUCCCUGGGGAAACUUUUAAUGGAUAGUUCCUCAAAACCACGUUUUGCAGCUGUGGUGCAAUUUGUAUUUGGUUUGUUGAAUAAGGAUGUGAGAUCCACACUUAAAGAACAUGGUCUGUUCAUUCGUCCAAAAACACAGGCUCAUCUGAAACAAUGGAUUUUGGAAAAGGUUAAAGAUUUUUUCUGGUCUUCGGUAGCAGUAUUUAUUGUUCUUCACUGUCUGUAUGAACUUCAUGAAGAAGACUUUGUGAAAGAAGUAAUGGGAUCCUGGGAAAGGAUUGAUCUUCAUGGUCCAUUCCUCAGUAGAGCAGACGUCUGUGCCCUGCUGUACUGCUGUCAGUGCUGUCAGAGAAUUGAAGGAAUCUCUAGUUUGUAUUUAACAUCGGAAUAUCUGUCUAUGAUUUUGCCUGAACUUCACAAGUUUAAAGAUGCAAGCUUGGCUAUAGAUUGUCCAUCAGACUCUGAUCUCGGUGAACUGAUCUACGCUCUCACGAGAGGACAGACCCUGAGCUCACAGAGGUAAUGUUUUAAAUAUAUU